GAAGAGAGCAGAUUCUUCUCGCUCUGUCGUUGUGUCAAACAAGAAAACAGUACGAAAAGCUGCAAUCGAAACGCGCUCUAUGCGGAACGCUGUCUAGCAGUGGCAAAACAUUUCAGCAAGUAAAUUGAGUCUAAUUAAAUCAAGGGAAGAGACGUUGAGAAAGACAACGAGCCAGUUCAUUUUUACUUCUGCUUUUUCCCAGGGAAACGAAGCACAUGACUUGUUGCAUCAGAUGCAAGACUUCAGCGUCGCUAAAAGUUCAGGCAGCUUCGCAGACUUGGUGACCAGUAAGCGAGCCGGACAAUACUUGUGCCUGUCUCCCGGCAAGUUCUAACAUGGGAAGCUAAGGACAACUCCCCUAGUCGAUUGGACAGCGCUUCCGGAAAUUUUAGCGUGAAUUCCAAGACUCAUAGUGCCCCGAGAUGGAGGACUCCUCCGCACUGUGACCAGCUCCCGGGGGGAGGGGAGGAACGGGAGGAGAUAAUGGAUGAGAGGAGCACACAGACGACGGCGGGGAGCGAUUCGGCUGAGACCCCGGGGGCCGUGCCAGGACUGAAAAGGGACGGGGCCCCACCCGGGGGCCUGCCCAAAAGUGGCUCUGAGUCAGCCCUCAGGGACCGGCUGGCCCUCCUGGAGAGGAACACGCGGCGCCCGGUCGGCGAGCGGGAGGAGGCCGUGCUCCAUGUGCUGCCCCUCUUCAUCGAGCUGUUCCAGAGUGGCUCUGCCGGAGAAGAUCUGAACCUGCAGGUCCUAGCUGCACAGUCAGCAGAAAUCGUGGUUCUCCAUGUUCAGCAGAAGCUGUCAGAGAAGCCUGCAGAAGAGGCCCGCUACGAAGUGGAACUGUUUUUUCGGAGGAAUGCAGAAGUGAGAGCGAACAAAGGCUGGCUGCUGCUUCAGUGCCUGGCCCUGCUGUCCGCCGGCGAUUCAGAAACGGUCACGACCAUCAUAAGGAGCGGGCUGCCAGCUGCUCUGAUAAAGUGCCUGUACCUGUUCGUGUCCUUACCCCCCCGAAAAGAUGGGGGGGUCGAGGAGGGGGUCAAAGGCUCAUUCCAGGAAGUCUUCACACAGGUGCUCCUGCAGCUGUGCAGGGAGGUGCAGUGUGUGGAGGAGGUGGUGGAGACGCAGGAGUUGCAGUGUUUGAUCAUCGCCCUCACCUCCCUGUGGGACCAGUGCAGCUGCGCCUGGAGACGGCACGCCUGCAGAGUCCUGAGGGCCGUGUCUGCUGCCCAGACCAAGAACACCGUCCCCGCCCUGCAAGCUAAGAACUGUAUGAAGAUCUGCAUCCAGAACCUUCUGAAGAUCCCGGAGUCGGUGCCCGGGCCGGUGCUGGCCGAGGUGGCCGUCGGCGUGUUCGGCUUCGUCCGCGACUCGUAUCCCAGCAACCCCGCGCUCUUCCACGAGUUCGAGAACAACGAGGGGUACACCGUCCUGCAGGGCAUCAUGUCCCGAUGUGAAGAAGGAGUGACCUCUGCAGACCUCCAGGCUCUGGAGGAGUUCCUGGGCCUGAUCGCGUCCCUCACGCUGUGCGGGAAGGCCGAGCUCAAAGUGGCCCUGUGCGUCAACAACCCCCAGCCUCCCGGCUUCAAGUUCGACCCGGUCCUGACCAAAGGAUCCUCGGUGAAGAACCUCACGGCGUUCCGCAUCCUCCAGUCGUCGUUCCUGCGCUCGGGGAACGCGCACACCUGCGCCCAGGUGCUGCUCGCCGUGCGCGACAUCUGGAGCUGGGACAAAGCCAACUUCUUCCUGCUGGAGUGGACCCUGCAGUCCCUGGCGCAGCUGGGCGAGUGCGUGUGGCGCAAGCCGGCGGCCGUGCACGGGCCCUUCUUCCGCCUGCUGGAGACGGUGGUGCUGCAGCUGAACUACAUCCCCCACGAGGCCCUGCGCAAGCUGCAGGCCGCCUUCCUGCAGAGCGGGCCCUCCCCCUUCGCCGUGGCGACGCUGGCGUCCUACCGCACGCUGUGCGCGCGCAGCGGCCUGUUCUGCGAGGUGCUGUGCGACUCCGGGGUGCUGGACCUCCUGCUCGGCCAUCUCCGGAAGCGCGCCAAGGUGCUGCGCAAGGCCGGGAUCACGGGAGCCGCGGUCCAGUCGGGCGAGGAGAGCUGUGAGAAGGACCUGGUCAGGAACAUGCUGGAUGUGGUGGCCGUGCUGGCGCUCAAGUCCGUCAAAAACACUGUGGCGAUCAGGGACUGUGGGAUGAUCCCCUACAUUAAGAUCUUCCUGGACGAGGAGCAGUUGCGCAGCCCGACCCUGAUCCUGCUGGAGCAGCUCUCUGUGAUUAACCCCGAGGAGUACAUGAGCAUCACCAUCGGAGCCCUCUGCUCCUCCACACACACCGAGCUGGCGCUGAAACGGGACCUGCUGCAGUCUGUGCUGAAGGUGCUGGAAAGCCCCAACUCGUGGAACGCGUUUCGGACGGCGGGGGGGUUUGACGGGGUGCUGUCCCUCCUGGUGGACAUGGAGGGGGCCCUGCGGGCGGGGCCGGGGGGGGUGUGGGCGUCUCUGUGCGGGGAGCGCGUGCGGGAGCUGGUCCUGCUGGGCCUGCACACCGUGGCCCUGGCCGUGCACCUGCACCCCGUCAACGCCCACGCGUUCCACACCUCCCAGCAGCACGCCAAGAUGGCUGACGCCCUGCUGCAGCUGGGCUGCUUCUGCCAGGACCCCGACCCGGGCCGUAACCGGGACGACGACCCCGGCCGUAACCGGGACGACGACCCUGGCCGUAACCGGGACGACGACCCCGGCCGUAACCGGGACGACGACCCCGGCCGUAACCGGGACGACGACCCCGGCCGUAACCGGGACGACGACCCCGGCCGUAACCGCGACGGUGACCCCGCCCGUAACCACGACUACGACCCUGGCCGUAACCGGGACGACGACCCCAGCCGUAACUGCGACGACGACCCUGACCCCGACUGCUCCAGGACCUUCCAGCAGUUUGUGGAGGCGGCGGAAACCCCCGGAAGCAGCCUGCCCGCGCCCUUACGCGACUGCGUGAGGCUCCUUUCCUUCCUGGACCGGUUCGCCAUGGGAACCUUCUUUGCCAUGGAGCUUCCCGAGCUUCCGGAGAGCCUGGUGGAGCAGGAACACUCCAGCGCCGAGGUGGACUCUCUGGGAAGCACGCGGAGCACCGCAAGCAGCGUGGUCUCCGUGAGCAGUGACCCUGGACGCAGGUCAGCGUUUGAUCAGACCAUCCUGCACCCGGGGGCUGUGUGUGUUAUAAUGACUCUACUCCCAAAAAUAUCCAGCCCCACGCACACUCAGCUGGUUGCCGAGCUGCAGCUGGCCGUGGCCAAUCACGUGCAGUCGCUGGUGCGGUGGGAGCGCAACCGGCAGAUCAUGUGCGAGGCGGGGCUCCUGCUGGUGCUGCUGGAGCACUGCCAGGGUCCGCUGGGGAGCAGCACCCACCCCCUCCACCUGCCCGUCGUCCGCGUGUUCGAGAAGCUGGCCUCUCAGUCCAUCAGCCACGUCUCCCUCAGGAAGUUCCUGUGCCUGGGGAACCCCUUCCUGUGCGGGGCUGAGAAUGACCUCCCCCCUCCGCUAAAAACAGACGCCGCCCACGUCCCUAACGGGCACCGGGGCGAGGGGAGUGCUGCCCCCGGUGGUCAGGAGAAGAAGCCGUCGGGCAGGGAGCUCAAACACAGCUUCAGUCUGCUGAACCGGGCCGGGGGGGCGGGCGUCCCCCACCACCGCACCGUCAGCCUCGUCUCCAUGACGUCGCCCCGCAGCCUGAGACCCCACAGGCUGUCCGUGUCCCCGUCCUUCGUGGAGUUCGACAUGAGUGACAGUGGCUUUGGGUGUCUCUUCCUCCCCUCUCUGGCCACGGUGAAGGGCGUCAGUGCGGACUCCAUCUCCACCGGAGGCGUCGGCAGCGACUGCCGGGGCUUCCCCCCGUCCGCCGGCCUGUCCUUCUCCUGCUGGUUCCUGAUUGGCCGGUUCAGCUCGGCCUGCGAAUCCCACCCAAUCAGGCUGCUGACGGUGGUGCGGCACCUGUCGCGCGCCGAGCAGCAGUUCGUCUGUCUGUCCGUCUGCAUCGCCGCCCCCGACGGCUGCCUGGUCGUCAGCACGGAGGAGGAGCCCUACCAGUUCCUCGAUAUGAUGGAGCCUGAGGUGCACACACCCACCUCCCUGCCCUCCACGGUGCGGUUUAAAUGUGCCAAACACCUCAUCCCCGACCAGUGGCACCACCUCUCUGUGGUGCUGGCCAAGGACAUCAAAAAGAGCUGCCACGUCACUGCCUACCUCAACGGCAAGAUGGUCAACACCGCAAAGAUGAAGUACAUCCAGCCCUUCCCCGGCCAGUGCGUCUCCAUGGACCCCGCCGCGGUCAUCGACGUGUGCGCCGUCAUCGGCACGCCGUCGCUGUGGAAACAGCAGGCCUCUUUGAUCUGGCGGGUGGGACCCGCGUACCUGUGGGAGGAGGCGCUGACCCCAGAGUCUGUGGAGGUCAUGUACAGCCAGGGCACCAAGUACCUGGGCAACUACCUGUCCCUGUGUCUGCCAGCCGAGGGUCCGGACAGCGUCACGUCCCCGAUCAGGAUCAUGCCGGAGGAGCGGAUUUCCUUCGGGAUCAAUCCCGCCGUGUCCAGCAUCACCACGGUGACGGAGAUCCGGGAUCAGUACAACGAGGUGGACUCCCGCCUCAUCGCCAAAGAGAUGGGAAUCACUUCCCGGGAUAACAGCACUCCGGUCUUCCUGGCCCGGAACGUGGCGCAGCACCUCAGCGGAACCUCCCGGACCAUCGGCGCCGCCCUGGUGGGCCGUUUCGGAGUCAGGACGUUCGUCUCCACCAGCGCCGCUGACAGCUUCCUGUUCGUCGGCGGGCCGGCGGUGGUGCUCAGCCUGGUCGCCAUGGCGACGGAUGACAGCUCGCUGUACGCGGCGGCCAAAGUGCUGCUGUCCGUGCUGAGCAUGAGCCCCAGCAUGGAGCGGGAGAUGAACCGGACCCACGGGUAUCAGCUCCUGGCGUUCCUGCUGAAGACGAAGUCCCAGCUGAUCGGCAUCAGAACGUUCCAGCUCAUCCUGGCCAUCGUGGGCACCGUGGAGCUGGGAAGCAUCCGGAACCUCACUGCCUUCCGGGACAUUCUCUGCGACUUCGAUGUGUGGCAGAACGCUCCCGAUAACCUUGACAUGAUGGUUUUAAACCAUUUUGCUGACAUCUUGAUAUCAAGUGAUGACGGGCGCAGCGCGGCGGUGCUGCACAGCCUGGGUGUGAUGGUGAAGCUGCUGUUCCUGCUGAACGAGCCCUCGCUCACCUGCCACAAGACCCACCUGAUCGCCACCGUGCUCCAGCGGCUGCUGCAGGGCCACUUCAGCGCCCGGGACGUCUGCAGAAUCGGGCUGUUCCUGGUUUACACUCUGCUGCCCCCCUCCCUGAAUGAGAACACCAUUUUCUCUGGCAUCGUCUUUGACAUCUCCUCCCAAGCCCUGAGCCAGACGCCUGCCAGGACCGUCUGGAUCCGGAACCAGCUUCUGGAGAUGCUGUUCUCCCUGGUCAGCCCUGACAGCACACUGCCGCAGAAGGCUCAGGAGGAGGUGUUCUUGGCUCUGGGGCCGGACUGGUUCCUGCUCUUCAUGCAGAGCCACCUGCACUCCAGCACGGUGACUCUGGCCCUGAGGCUGCUGACGCGCCUCCUGUCCUUUCCCUCCAUCUUACCCCGCUUCAGAGACGGCAUGUCCCCCGGGACCCUGCUGGAGAACAUGGCCGACGAGGCCUCCGCCAUUAUGGAUAACCUGCGGCCCCAGGCCUGCACGCAGGAGGCCUGCUGCCCCUGCCCCGGCUUCCAGGUGCUGCAGAGGCUGCUGGUCAGCCACGUGGCCACGCCCGAGGUCUACAUGCUGCUGGCUGGCCUACUGCUGCAGAAAAGCAGCUACGGCGCUGUCACAGGGCAGGUGGAUCUGGACGGGCUGCUGCAGCAGUUGAUUGACAGCACGGAUGAGGGGCUGGGGCUGCAGCUCUGCUCAGACGCUGCACAGAUCCUGCUGGAGCUCGUCAAGGUCAUCAUCAGCAAGCCGGACGCUGGGAGCGAGGGCUCAUGGGAAAUGCAGUUCCCGGGCAGUGUGAUGCAGUUCUUCUGCCUGGUGCACAGUCUGCACCCCAGGGACCCCCUGUGGAGCUCCCCAAACUUCCUGAGCGUGCUGGCUGCCACCGUGUUCCCGCCCCCCGACCCAAAUCAGACCCCUGCAGACCCCUCUCUCCCAAACGGAGUGGCCACCCCUGAGCCCCCUCUGCCCCCCCCUGCCACCCACCCCGCCCGGAAGCAGGUGUGUGACUUCAUGCGUAUCCUGCUCAUGGACAGCCUCAUCAACAUCGCCGCCAAAAACAAACUGCACCCCUUCCUGCUGCUGCUGGAGUUCUCCCCAGACUCAGCCUCUCAGGAGCAGAAGCAGAGCUUCCAGACGGAGGUGCUGGAGUUCCUCAUGGACAUCGUGCACAUGACCUGCCAGGUGGAGGGCCAGGCCACCCAUGUGGCCAGAGAUGACGUGAAAGCCCAUGGAGACAGGCCUGUGGGGAACGCCACGCUGGUUGGUAACGUGGUGUUCUUCACGAAGAAGCUGGUGGAGAAGCUCUAUGAAGGCAUGUUCUUGGCUGAGCCUGAGAAGAUCCUGGUGUUCAUCGCCGAGCAGAUCGCUGUGGUGAUGGAGAAGGGGUCCUCCCAGCGGGAGAAGACGGUGAGCGUGCUGUAUAACAGCGCUAACCGCGCGCUGCUGUACUUCCUGUCACGCCGGCGGCAGACGGGGGCGGAUCUUCAGGCCGUGGUGGAGGCCCUGAGCGUCCUGCAGCAGCAGUGGGAUGUGCUCAUGGCCACCUACAACGCCAACACCACCUUCCUCACCUGCCUGCUGCACUGCCUCCUCAUCCUCCGCUCCGGCAGGUACCCAGAAGGCUUUGGGUGGGAGACACAUAAAAAACAGCCGAAGAAGAUCUGGUCACACCUCCUGCCUCACAAAAACAGCCAACCGAGUGCACCGGUGGUGGUGCCCAACUCCGCGGAAGUGGAGUCGGAGCUCCGGGGCCUGGUGGAGAGCACGUGGAGUAGGCUGAUGGCGGAACGCCGGCACGAUCUGGAGGAGACGUACAAAAUGGAGGUCUCGGCGAAGACUGGCGCUCGCGGCGCCCCGGUCAGCCUCACCGACGUCAGCCCGCUGUGGGAGGAGACCGCGCUCAACGCCUGGCAGCUCUUCAUUGACUCCCAGAAGAAGAAGCUGAGUAACUCCCAGCAGAAGAAGACCGCGGCCCUCAGCUCCGUGCUGCGCUCCGCCCAGAAGAAACUGGGAAAGGCCACGGGCUGCACUGUGGAGGAGUAUCUGAUGUGUAUGGAGGCUCACAGGAAGACCAGCCAGGAGAUGUUUGAGAGGCUGCUGAAGAACCAUGUGCAGACGGUGCGCUGUGAGCAGGACAGGCUGGGGUCCCGCUGGCUGAGGGUGGAGGAGGAGCUCCUGAGGGAGAGGGGCCUGUUUGGGCCGGGCCCCGGGGUGCUGCUCACGCAGGGCUGGGUGCAGGACGCCGCGGAGGGGCCCAACCGAAUGAGGCCCCGCAUCCGGCCCCGGGCCCCGCGCAGGUCCAAGAAGUUUCCGGCCUCCUCUCCAGGCCUGUAUGGGAAGUGGACCUUCAUCGAGGAGAACAGAGGAGUGGCUGAGGCCAGUGACACAGACUCAGAACACAAGAUCCUGUGUGAAGCGGGGCAGGAGGUGCUGGACUGUGACCAGCUGACGUUCUUCCCCUCCCUGAGUGAGGCGUAUCCUCUCUCUGAUGACUUCGCUGAGCAGUGCACAGAGACACACCUCAUCCUGCAGGAGCUGUCCCCCACUGAGAAGGUGAAAAGCAAGCUCUGUGUGGUCAUCGUCAGCGGACACAUCGUGACAGAGGGAGUGCUGUUAUUCGGGAAGAGUCAUUUCUAUAUCUGCGAGGGCUUCACUUUGUCUCCAUCGGGGGACGUGUGCUGUAAGAACCACCACCCCACCAGCAGUGUUCGGGAUUCCUUCAUCUGCAGCAUGUUCUUGACCACGCCCUCGUCCGAGACCACACCCCCUUCCUGCCGACGCUAUGCGUAUGAGGAAGUGAAGGACGCCCAUUUUGCUCGCUUCCUGUUGGAGGACAAUGCCCUGGAGAUCUUCAUGAGGAGCGGGCAGUCGACAUUCCUGGUCUUCCAGAAUAAAGAGCAUCGCUCCGCUUUCAAAUGGCUGUGCUCUAUUGUGCCCUCACUGAAGGGCAGAACGGUCACCGACGCGAGGAAGACGGCGGGCGCAGAGAAGGCGGCCCUGCUGAAGUGGCAGAGAGGAGAGAUGAGUAACUUUGAGUACCUGAUGCACCUGAACACCAUGGCCGGGCGGACGUACAAUGACCUGAUGCAGUAUCCAGUGUUCCCCUGGGUCCUGGCAGACUACGACUCCGAGACACUUGAUCUCUCCAGCCCGGCGACAUUCCGAGACCUGUCCAAACCUAUGGGCGCCCAGACGGACAAGAGGAAAGAGAAGUUCAUCCAGCGAUACAACGAGGUGGAAAACAACGACGGUGACCUGUCAGCGCAGUGUCAUUACUGCACUCACUACUCCUCCGCCAUCAUCGUCUCCUCCAUGCUGGUGAGGAUGGAGCCCUUCUCCCAGACCUUCCUGUCCCUGCAGGGCGGGUCGUUCGACGUGGCUGAUAGGAUGUUCUACUCGGUGAAGAAGGAGUGGGAGUCGGCCUCGCGGGACAACAUGUCCGACGUGCGGGAGCUGAUCCCCGAGUUCUACUACCUGCCCGACUUCCUGCUCAACUCCAACGGCAUCGAGCUGGGCUGCCUGCAGGAUGGCACCCCCCUGGGAGACGUCAUCCUGCCCCCCUGGGCGAAGGGGGACCCCCAGGAGUUCAUCCGCGUUCACCGGGAGGCCCUGGAGAGCGAGUACGUCAGCUCGCAGCUGCACCUGUGGGUGGACCUGAUCUUCGGCUGCAAGCAGCUGGGCCAGGCAGCGCUGGAGGCCGUCAACACCUUCCACCCCUACUUCUACGCCGAGACGCUGGACUCGGACUGCCUCCGGGACCCCCUGAAGAAGAGCACCAUCCUGGGCUUCGUCAACAACUUCGGACAGAUCCCCCGACAGCUCUUCACGAAGCCCCACCCAGCGCGGAACAGCCGCAAAAACUCGAAGGAUCAGCUAGGGCCCAGCCACGGCCCGCCGUUCUUCUGCAGCCUGGGCAGGCUGAAGCCAUCAGUCCAGCCUGUCAAAGAGCUGAUUCGCGGGCCCGUGGGUCACAUGGUGUGCGGAGAGAAGGAUAUCCUGGUCGUGGAGAAGAACAAGCUUCUCAUCCCCCCCCUCUGGAACGCUUUCUUCUCCUGGGGUUUCCACGACAACACCUUCGCCUACGGAAACUACUCCACAGAAAAGAACUUCGCCGUGUGCGAGAGCCCGUCGGACUGGGGGGCGAGUGGGUGUGCAGCCUGCCCUAACCCCAGCACGGUGGUCACGGGGGGGGCCAGCUCUGUGCUGUGCGUGUGGGACAUCGCCCUGGCCAAGGACAAGCUGCAGCACAUGAGGCUCAGACAGGUGCUGUACGGACACACGGACGCGGUGACGUGCGUGGAGGCCUCGCAGGCGUACGGCGUGAUCGUCAGCGGCUCCAGCGACCGGACCUGCAUCCUGUGGGACCUGCAGGAGCUCAGCUACAUCACCCAGCUGCCCGGGCACGCGGCCAGCGUCAGCGCGCUGGCCAUCAACGACCUGACCGGAGAGAUAGCGUCGUGCGCGGGCGCUCACCUGUACCUGUGGACCAUGAAGGGUCACCUGCUGUCCUCCCUGGACACGUCGUUCGGCCCGGAGGGGGCCAUCCUGUGCUGCUGCUUCACGCAGGUGUUCGAGUGGGACCCCCGAAACGUCAUCGUCACCGGCUGCGCCGACGGCAUCGUCCGGGUGUGGAAGAAUGAAUACACGGCGGCACAAUUGCCUUCACGCGGAGAGGGGGCCCCCCGGUCCCCCGGGGCCCCUCGGCCGGGAGCGGCAGAGAGAGCCGGUAAGGAGUGGGAGAGGCACCUGGUCCUCACUCAGGAGCUCAACCGCAGCCAGACCGUGUCCCGGCGACGCUACAAGAACAACCCCGCGGUCACCGCCCUCGCCAUAUCCCGGGAUCACAGCAGUCUGUUUGUGGGAGACGCCUGGGGACGGGUUUUCAGCUGGACCAGCGAGGGGUAAAAACAGAGGACUGCACACCCUACUGAAAAUCUCCAAAUGCUCCAUACAAGCUACUGAAAUGUUCUACACAACCUACUGAAAAUCUCCAAAUGCCCCAUACAAGCUACUGAAAUGUUCUCCACACCCUACUGAAAAUCUCCAAAUGCUGUACACAACCUACUGAAAAUCUCCAAAUGCUCCAUACAACCUACUGAAAUCUUCUGCACGCCCUACUGAAAUCUCCAAAUGCUGUAUGUACCUUACUGAAAAUCCCCAAAUGUCCAAAUGCUCUACACAUGCAACUGAAACUCUCCAACUACUUUACGCACCCAAUUGAAAACCUCAAAAUGCUCGAGACAACCGACAAAAUCGUGAAAUGUGCUACAGACCCUACUGAUAAUCUCCAAAUGCUCUACACAACCUACUGAAAACCUCUGCAUGCUCUGAUCACCCUCCUGAAAAUCUACAAAUGCUAUCUGCACCCUACUGAAAAUGUUCCACACACCCUACUGAAAAUCCCCAAAUGUUCUGCAUACCCUACUGAGUAUCACCACACUUGCUAUUGUGUUGCUAUUUUAUUACUACUUUUAAAAGAAGGCAUAGAACCCAGGGGAAAUUAUUGGUUGGAUGCUCAGUAUUUUUGAACAAACCUUUUUCCCGGAUUCUCUUUUUGGUGAAUGGUCUGGAUGUUCAGUUAAAUUCAAUUCAGGUCUCAUUUGCAUUUUCAGGCCCAGCAAUAAGCAAAGGUCAACAAUCAGUUGUGUCGUGUUUCAUUGUUGUGGGGGGGUGGGUGAGGUCAGGGCAGUGAAACUGUGUGGCAUACCUCUUUGGACCUGUAAAAGUUGCAAAAGGACAGAAAAUAUUAUUUAAGAAAUGAAGAUGUGGCGCUUCUGUUGCUGACGCAGGUCUGCGGCUUCUGGAACAUUCUGAACCGGCCUGUUAGUUUCACGGACUCUUCCGGCUGCCUCUGUGAUCCUGCCGUCUCCCGAUCAGUUAUUAUUUUGAGUGUAAAUUGUGUUCGUUAUAUUUCCCCUUCUUAACACCUCGCCGUAGGAGGAGCGGUGAGGUGGCCUUGUUCCCUGGGCAGCAGGUUUCUGCUCUGUGUGCUUUCAGUGAUUUUUAAAAUGACAUUAUUUUGCUAAAACAAAAUGUACGACUUCUGCUGAUAACGGAUUAUUGACUAAUGAUGUCGCUGCAUGUAUUUUUUCCCAGACAUACCAGCUGUUACAACAUUGUUGUUAAUACAAAGUUUUUUUUUUUUGCUAGUGUGGCAGGUUUUAUUUUGUCUGUGUGUGGACGUGUACGAGUGUGUGUGUGUGUGUGUGUCUGCGUGCGCGGGCGCUUGUAUAUAAUCAAGUCAUACCUGCUCUUAUUGAAUGUACUGUAAAUAAAUUAAUUUACUGUG